AUGGACAAACGUGCGGUUCUGGAAAGGCGACGGGCAAAAGCUGCUUAUGGAUGUGCGACAAGUAUUUUCUUUGUGCGUGUUUGUCUUCAUAUGGUUACGUAUAUGGUUGAUGUACUCACACCAAGGUCUUAUUUCUUUAUUCCUUUCUUUCUUUCUUUCUUAUAUAUUUCAGCUUUCUUCGUUUCAUUCUCAAACCUUUCAUCUUUCUUUCCCAUAACACAGAGUUCUUUCUUUCUUUCUUUCUUUCUUUCUUUCUUUCUUUCUUUCUUUCCUUGGUUUCUUUCUUUCUUUUUUUGUAUAUUCCAUCUUGCUUUAUUUCAUCAUGUAUUAAAUCUUUCUUUCUUUCUUUCUGAAACACUUUUUUUUCGUUUUGUUUGCUUGCUUCUUUCUUUCAGUCUCAUAUUUUCCAUCAUACUUUCUUUCUUAUUCUUCUUUUGCUUGUUUCUUUCCUUUUCUUUUUCUUUCGCUCGCUCGCUCGUUCUUUCUGGCAGCUUUUUUUUUAAAUUUCUUUCGUUUAUUUUUUCUUUCUCGUAUCUUUUUCCCAGGAUUUCUUUUUUCUUUCUUUCUUUCUUUCUUUCUUUCUUUCUUUCUUUCUUAUCUCCUACUCGUUUAAUUUCUUGUUUACUUUUGCUUUCUUUCUUUCAUUCUUUCUUUCUUUCUUUCUUUCUUUCUUUCUUAAUGUUUCCUACUCGUUUAAUUUCUUUGUUUUCUUUUUCUUUCUUUCUUUCUUUCUUUCUUUCUUUCUUUCUUUUCUUCUUUCUUUCUUUCGCUCGCUUGUUCUUUCUGACUUAUAUAUUUCGUUUGUUUUUCUUUCUCGUAUAUUUCUUUCCUUGUUUUUUUUUCUUUCUUUCUUUCUUUCUUUCUUUCUUUCUUUCUUUCUUUCUUUCUUUCAAGAUUCUUCCUUUUUCUCAUCUUUUGCUUGUUUCUUUUCUUUUUCUUUCGCUCGUUCGCCCUUUGGCAUCUUUUUUUAAUUUCUUUCGUUUAUUUUUUCUUUCUCGUAUUUUUCCCAUGAUUUCUUUCUUUCUUUCUUUCUUUCUUUUUUUCUUUAUAUCUCCUACUCGUUUAAUUUCUUGUUUUUUUUCUUUCUUUCUUUCUUUCUUUCUUUCUUUCUUUCUUUCUUUCUUUCUUUCUUUCGCUCGCUAG